ACUCCACGCAUAUGCCCCAAGAUUCGAUGUGAUAGAGAAUUUUAAAUUUUUUUGGAAACUAAACAAGGCCUAAGAUGCAUACUUGUCUCAUGCGUCUGCACAGGGCCAAAAGGAUUUGGUCUGCCUUUUAACAUGUGGGAGUGGGGAGUGUGGGACCACAUUUUAGGUCCUUCUCAUGGCAACAGUUUGACUUUUCCUUGAAUGAAGUUUCGUCGUGCCUUCUCUAUCCUUGUCCAUUGUGUUGACUGCACCCUCCAAGUCUCCUUCAUCAAUUUGCAGAGACUGCACUGGAGCUACCAAAUAAAUCAGCAGUCUCUCUGCAAUCUAGCUAAGCUGCAGCACCUGCCUUCUGCAGCUUUGCAUCCUGAACCCCAGAAGCUGAGUUUGGGAAUAAUGGAGUAGGAGUAGCGGAAAAGCUGAUCCAAGCUGGGAUUCAAGUCACUCUUCUCAGUGAGGAACACAUACAGAUGAAGAAUUGAGAAGUUUUCCUGUGUGGUGCAUGGUAGGCCUACACCUUCACCACACUGUUCCUGAUGUUCUCACUGGAGGCCGACCUACAUAUGGAUGAUGUAGCCAUGUAGGCAGUGAGAGUCAGAUAACCUGCUGUCCUGUUUUUCUGAGUUGCCAAAACUGCAACCAGAUAAUUUGUCACACAACAAUAUAAGGUGGUGCUAUUUCUCUAGGCAUGGAUUCAGGGACAUCCAGGAGUCAGUACGGGAGAAGCCAAAUGGGACAUGGGAGGAGUAUAACUGCGGCAUUUGUUGUGGCUCCUUCAUUUUCCGUCUGUGUUUUGACUAGAUCAUCCAACAGUUGUUGGCUUGUUUGUUCCUCCCUUGCUAAUAUCCUGGAGAAAAUAUGCCAUUACAUUUGUUGUUAAGCAAGAAGAUGACAGGAAACACUGCACUUGGAGCUACCAAAAGCAGCAUGGUUUUCCAGAUAUAGCAAAAGUGUAUCCAGAAAACAGACCAUCUAGCUAAGUUGCACCUAUCUUCUGUAGCUCUGCAUCAUGAACACCAAGCUGCGAUUUCGGCAGCACAGUGGAGCACAGUUGCUUGCAUCCACAUCAAACCACAGAUAGUGAGCAAAUAUUAGUUCAUCGUGACUGCUAGCUCUGCAACCAUUGAAGCAUGGAUCUCGUGACCGGAGCAAUCAGCAACCUCAUUCUCAAGCUGGGGGAGCUGCUUAAAGAGGAAUACAGGCUACAGAAGGGCUUGAGGAAGCGAGUCGAGUCUCUCCAGAAAGAGCUUGAGAGCAUGAGCGCCGUCCUCUGCAAGGUGGCCCAGCUGACGCCGGACCAGCUUGAUGUUCAGGUCAGGGCAUGGGCCCAACAAGUCAGGAUGGUGUCAUAUAACAUGGAGGACAUCCUCGACGCCUUCCUGGUUCACGUGGAGGACCAGGAGCCUGCUACCUCGAACAGAUUCAAACGCCUCACGGAGAAGACGGCCAAGCUGUUCAACAAGAGCAAGGCACGCCGUAUGAUUUCUGAUGCCAUCAAAGAUAUCAUGAAGCAACUCCAGGAGGUGGCUGACCGGCGUGCCAGGUACAUGGAUGGUGAUAUUAUGGCUAAGUCUACAGUAACAAUUGUUGAUCCUCGCUUAUCAGCUCUUUAUAAUGACGUGACAAUGCUUGUUGGCAUUGACAAGGCAAGUGAUGACCUCAUAUCUAUGCUCUCAUCCCAGUGUGAUGAUGGGAAAUAUGUGAACAAGGUUAAGAAAGUCUCUGUUGUUGGACCUGGUGGAAUUGGCAAGACCACUCUGGUCAAAGCAGUGUAUGAGAAACUUAAAAUUGAUUUCGGUUGCGUAGCCUUUGUUCCUGUUGGACGGAAUCCUGAUAUUAAUAAAGUUUUGAAGGAUGUUCUCAUUGAUCUUGACAAGCAACAUUACAUGACACAUUUAAAUAUGAUGAUACUAGAUGAAAGGCAGCUAAUUGAUGAGCUUCACGGAUUUCUCAAGUGCAAAAGGUACUUCAUUGUUAUUGAUGACAUAUGGGAGACACGAUCUUGGGAAACAAUCAAACUGGCUCUUAUUGAGAACAAUUGUGGAAGUAGAGUAGUGGCAACUACUCGUAACUCCAGAGUUGCCAAAGUCGAUGAAGUCUACAAUAUAAAACCACUUUCGUAUGUUGAAUCUAGAAAGUUACUCUACACAAGAAUAUUUGGUGCUGAUGCUGAUUAUCUUGAUAAAUUACCAGACAAGUUAGUAUCUGAUAAGAUAUUAAAAAGAUGUGGUGGUGUACCAUUAGCUAUCAUCACAAUGGCUAAUUUGUUGGUGGGUAAACGAUUGGAGGAAUGGCCUCAAGUGCACAACUCUAUUGGGUUUAGCCAUAAAGAUAACCAUCACACUGAGAGUACAAUGAGAAUAUUGUCUUUUAGUUACUAUGAUUUGCCUUCUCAUCUAAAGACCUGCUUAUUAUAUCUAAGUAUGUUUCCAGAUGAUUCCCCUAUCAGUAAAGAUCCUUUGAUAUGGAAAUGGAUAGCAGAAGGUUUUGUUCAUAAGGAGAGAGGGUGUGGGUUAUUUGAGGUUGGAGAGCGACACUUUGAUGAGCUCAAAAAUAGAAGCAUAAUCCAGGCAGUGGAGUUUGAAGAAGAAGAAGGCAUCAUACAAGGUUGUCGAGUUCAUGAUAUGGUACUUGAUCUCAUCCGUUCGUUGUCAAGUGACGAGAAGUUUCUCUCAGUAUUAGAUGGAUUAGAUAGUGAAGACACAUUAACAGAAAGCAGUCCACGCAGGCUAGCCCACCAAAAGAGAACUGUGGAUCAUAACCCUCAAGCUAGAAAUACGGGCAUGCCACAUCUGAGGUCAUUUGUUGCAUGGUAUUGUGCUAUUGACAAGAUGGUCCCACUUUUGAGCUUCCGAGUAUUACGUGUGCUAGCUAUUGAGUAUUGCGAGUUUAAGGAAGGUUACCAACUUCAGCAUCUCGGGAAUUUACUUCACUUAAGGUAUCUUGGACUAAUAGAGACAAACAUCCGUGUGCUACCAAAAGAAAUAGGGCAUUUAAGGUUUUUGCAGACACUCUUGUUGAACGGAACGGGGAUAGAAGAACUGCCAUCGAGCCUCCGGUUGCUGCCACAAUUAAUGUGCCUACGUGCUGACUGGAAGACGAGAGUACCAAAUUGGAUAGGGAUGCUUACAUCCCUGGAGGACCUACGGAUAUACCGUGGUGCUGACGACAGGUCUGCGAGGCGAUUUGUGAAGGAACUGGGCAACUUAACAGGACUGCGAGUCCUCCGGGCUGGCAUUGCUGUGUUGGAUGAGAACAUGGAGAGAGAUUUGGUGAAGUCUCUAUGCAAUCUGAAGGAGAUCCAGUAUAUACAUGUAGAAAUUAUAUAUCCAGCUAUUGAUGAUACCAUGGAUGCUUCGCCCUGGAUGAGUAAAGUGAGCUGGGAGGCAGAAGGCUUUGUGUCCCCUCCAAAGCUCCGACGUCUGCUACUAGGAUGCAUUAUGUUUCCUACACUGCCAUCAUGGAUUAUCAAUCCCUCCUGUCUUCUGUCCCACUUGUGUGUUCAUGUAGUUACCAUCGAAGAGCAGGAUCUCAAAGUCAUUGGUAAGAUGCCAGGGCUCCAUGAUCUCCUUCUUCCAACAAGCUCCACGGUGACAAUCAGUAACAUUGCCGAAGGUGGGUAUUUCAAGAAGCUGAGGUCCUGUUCGAUGCUUUCUUCAAUGGUCCAGUUCCUGCGAAAUGAGGACUCCAGCGUUUCAUUUCAUAUGUGGAAUGGGGAGGAUGCUGUGCCCUUUGGUACUAGAAAGGAUGGCGAAGGCAGUGUAGCACCUAUCGUGAUGCCAUGCCUUGAAUUUCUCGAAUUCUUUUUCUUCGUCCAGACCAUGAAGGAUUGCAACGGUUACUGUGGCAGUAUUGGUUUGGAAUACCUCACCGCACUUAAGAAAGUCACCGUCAGAAUUGGCUGUCAGGGUGCCUCUGUGGUGGAGGUGGAGGAAGCAGAGGCUGCACUGAGACACGCUGUACGGAUCCAUCCCAACCAUCCCACCCUCGAGCUAAUCAGACAUUUUGAGGACAAGAUGAUCCUAGCAUCCGAUCAACAAGAAGUGGAGGCCACCCGGUGCUAGCAAGAGCUGGAUUUUUUUUUUGUUGCUGUUUUAGUUCCUAAAAAAAAACUCUGUUUGUGAGUAUCAUUAACCUCUGCUUCUGGAAACCAUUCAACUCUGUUUUUAUACCACAUGCUGUGACAACAGAGUUUGGUGGUCCGUAUCAGGGUGCUACAAAUCAUGGAUAUCUGUCAUACUAAUUCUGUUUUUUUUACCAUUUUAAAGUGUUUUGAUUUGAGUUCCGUUAUUUCCAUUUGGACAGAUUACAGAUGAUGAAUUUAGAUUAUUAUUCUUUCAUUAAGAACUAGCUACA